AGGUGCGGAACACCGGGUUGGGACUCAGGCGACGGACACAGAAGGCAAAAGAGGAGGCUUUGUCCCCGCUCUACGGAGGCGGGUCUGGGGUCGGGGACUCCGCUGCCUGAGAGGCCGGCGUGGACACUUCAGAUCCCGCGACCCUCCGGUCGCUCAGCUGUCAUCCCUUCACUCCGCCCGCGGAGUCCGAUGGCGGCGGUCGCGCCCCGGGACCCGGCUGAGGUUUCCAUGGUUGCAGCAGUGCUUUGGGAACCUACACAGGGAAGUGUGACCUUUGAGGACGUGGCCCUGUACUUCUCCUGGGAGGAAUGGGAUCUCCUAGAUGAGGCUCAGAGGUGCCUGUACCACGAUGUGAUGCUGGAGAACUUUGCGCUCACGUCCUCACUAGGUUGUGGGAAUGGAGUGGAGGAUGAGGAUGCACCUUCUGAAGAGAGCGUUUCUGUAGGAGUGUCACAGAUCAGGACUCUCAAGGCAGAUCCAUCUCCCCAGAAGGCCCAGCCCUUUGAGUUGUGUGGUCCAAUCUUGAGAAACAUUCUGCACUUAGCUGAACACCAGGAAACUUAUCCUGGGGAAAAACCAUAUACAUGUGGGAAACAAUUCUGUUUAGCUGCCAACCUUCAACAGUACCAGCGGCAGCACACUAGAGAGAUUCCCUUCAGAAGUUAUGUGGACAGAGCCUCGUUUAUAAAGAGCUGUACAGUCCACGUGUCAGGGAAGCCCCUUACCUGUGAGGAGACAGGGAAGGACUUCUUAGCCAGCAUGGGAUUUCUCCAACAACAGGUUGCUCACACUGGGGAGAAGCUGAACAAUGAGUGCGAGGCUGUCUUUCACAGUGGAAAAAGUCAUCACAACUGUGGAGAAUGCAAGAAAGCCUUCAGCUGCACAGACACACUUGCUCAGGACCAGAGAGUUCUCACUAGAGAAGGACUUUAUGAGUGUGGCAAAUGUGGAAAAGCCUGUACCCGAAGAUGUAACCUCAUCCAGCACCAGAAAGUCCACACUGGGGAAAGACCUUAUGAAUGCAGUGAAUGUGGGAAAUUCUUUACCUACUACUCCAGUUUCAUUAUACAUCGGAGAGUUCACACUGGAGAAAGGCCCUAUGAGUGCAGUGAAUGUGGGAAGUCCUUUAGCCAAAGUUACAGCCUCAAUAGCCAUAGGAAAGUUCACACUGGAGAGAAGCCUUAUGAGUGCAGGGAAUGUGGAAAAUCUUUCAGCCAAAGGUCCAACCUCAUUCAACAUCAGAGAGUUCAUACUGGAGAAAGGCCUUAUGAGUGCAAUGAAUGUGGGAAGUCCUUUAGCCAAAACUUCAGUCUCAUUUACCACAGGCGAGUUCACACUGGAGAAAGGCCUCAUCAGUGUGGUGAAUGUGGGAAAUCCUUUAGCCGAAGCUCCAGCCUCAUUCACCACAGAAGACUUCACACUGGAGAAAGGCCUUAUGAAUGCACUAAAUGUGGGAAAUCUUUUAAGCAAAGUUCCAGCUUCAGUUCACAUCGGAAAGUCCACACAGGAGAAAGGCCUUAUGAGUGUGGGGAAUGUGGAAAAUCCUUUAGCCAUAGCUCCAACCUCAAGAACCACUGGAGAGUUCACACCGGUGAAAGACCUAUUGAGUGCAGUGAAUGUGGAAAGUCCUUUAGCUGUAAAUCUAACCUUGUCAAACACCUGAGAGUUCACACUGGAGAAAGGCCUUAUGAGUGUGGGGAAUGUGGAAAAUCCUUUAGCCAAAGCUCCAGCCUCAUUCAGCAUCGGAGAGUUCACACUGGCAAGAGGGCUACUGAGUGCAGAGAAUGUGGGAAAUCCUUUAGCUCCAAAUCUGACCUCAUUCAACACCAGAGAUUUCAUAGUAGAGAAAGACCUUAGAUGUACAGGGACAUGUGGCUUCCAUUUAAAUAAUUACACUGGAGGAGAGAAGUUGUGAAGAAGCCAUCUAGCAAAUUUAAGCCCAUAUGUCUAAAAAUUCAUAGUGGGGAGAUCCAAGUAUGUGGGAAUCUAUAAGGAGCUGUGUUACACUUUCUAGCCUGUCCAGGGCUCUUGCCAGAUGUAUGUCACUGCCAGUUUCUGUGGAAGAGUUUUGUCGUCUCUGCCACCCAGCAGGUUCACACAGUAUGCAUCAGUUACCACCACACUGUCCUCAGGGAAGCUCCCCCCUUCGCUGGAAGAAAUCAUGAUUAAUCUUAGCCCUUAUAGGGCCAUCAUUCUCUUCUCUUGUAGAAGUUAGGGCAUGGCCCUGACCCAAUAUUGGCCCAGUGGACCCAAUCUGAGUUCUUCUGGUAACUUGCCAAGAAGGACUACAUUUUCAAGGAUGUGUUAGUUUUGUGUGACUUUCAUCUUGGAUUUUCCUAUCCUCCAAGUCACCAACCUGGGAAUUCCCUGCCUCAUAUUGCUUUGGAUUAUUGCAUAAGCCACCUUUGACCUUGGGGUCCUAUGCACUGCGUGAAGUGACUUGAAAACACCUGGGCUCUGCCAACAUUAAGGAGUGAACCGCUUUCAUGGGGUUCCCAGUACUUUGUGUGCCUCAGAGAUGACAGUUUGAUGAAAGAACAUAGCUCUCUUUCCAGCUUUUGCCUAAUUUAUGUUUUUGCCCAAGGUCUCCUAGGAAAGACUGCAGGGCCUUGUCUUAAUUUGUGGACUGGGUAUCAGGAUUUUUUGGGGGGCUCAGAACACUUCUGAAGAGUCAGGAAGUUGACAACCUCCAGUGUUUCUGAGAACAACAUGAAUUGUUUUUCUUUUUCAUGGUGGAUGUCCCAUAAUGCUCAGUAGUGUUGAUGGAAUUCUCUACUCUAGUCCUACAAAGGAGCCAUGUGCCCUGAUACCCAGAAUUCACUAGGCUAAUGUCGUGGUAAGAAUACAGGGUCCUAGGGCAACCAUAAUUGGCAUAGUAACACUGCAGGGGACUGAAGCAAAGUAGAUGGAGCGUGCCUCUUCUAAAAUUGCAUCAGAAUGCUCUGAUGACUGAAUGUGCAGCGUUAGUGUGCACAGAAAUUCUCAGGACCUCCAGGUACGUGCAUCUUUGCAGUUGAGGUCUUUGUCAAAGAAAAUAAGCUAUUGGUUUUUUGGAUUCCCAUAGGCUUUCUGUUACAUUCACCUAAAGGCCAUUUCUACACAGAUAGGAAAAUGGGCAUACGGAGAAAAGGGAUCCCUUAUCCUGUUGAUGUAACUCUAUGACCGAGCCAGCAUUCUUGUUGACUCAGGUGGAAUAGAUUUAACUGCUCAUAAGUAUUUGCUACCACUCAGGCAAGUCUGCUUUUCCAAGGUCAUCAGGCAAGAGAUAGAGUCAACAUAGGGCUGCCAACCCUAAUUUUAUGAAAAAAGUGGGAGAUCUGGGGGUGUUUUUUUUAUAACUAUUUUGUAGAACUUUAUUCAGGUAUAGUUGACAUGCAAUGUAUUGCACCUAUUUGAGGUGUACAGUUUAAGUUUUGACAUAUGCAUAAGCCCACAGAACCUCAUCAUAAUUAUAAUGAACAUGUCCAUCACCCCUAAUGUUCCUCAUGUCAUUUUAUUAUCUGUCUUUCCCCUGUCCAGGCAACCACUGACUUUCCUUCGUUUGUAAUAAAUUAGUUUGUAUUUUCUAGAAUUUUCUAUGAGCCAUAAAAUGUUUUUUUCUGGUUUCAUUCACAAUUUGUAAUUAUUUUGAGAUUCUUCAGUGAUGCUCAUAUAAGUAUUUUACUCUUUUUAUUGCUGCAUAGUAUCUUUCUAUGGAUAUACCAUUUGUUUAUCCAUUCAUCUGUCAGGGGUCUUUUAGGUACCCUGUUUUAGCUAUUGCAAAUAAAGCUGCUGGAACAUUUGUAUGUA